AUGCCGCCCAAACCUGCCCAAUUCGGCAGAAUAGGCCUCGUCAUUCCGCUCUUCUACCGCGUCUUCUUCCUAGGUAUCGAGCCCAUCUCUGCUCUUGUCGGUGCCUAUUACGCACACGUGCGACCCGACGACUAUCUCCAGCUCACUCACGCCGUCUCAAAACCCGAAGUCAUUCCCCAAGGAACCUCGAUCGUCCUCUCCCAGCUCGCCAACCUAUACCUGCUCUUUGCUCUCAAUGAAGCCCUCGUUCUUCGCGCCACAUCAGACCUGCGCGUCUGGAAGACCGUCCUGUUCGUGCUCCUUGUAGCCGACUUUGGACACUUGUACACAGUUCGAAGCUUAGGGCCAGAGGUGUACUACAACUUCGCCAAGUGGAACGCCAUCGACUGGGGAAAUGUUCCGUUCGUAUACUUUGGUGCCUCGAUGAGGGUCGCAUUUCUAGCCGGCGUCGGAUUAAGCGGGCGACCGGCACCUACAAGAAAGCAACAGUAG